UUACUAGAUUUAUGCUGUCAAUAAUCUGCAUCGUCAACGAACAAUCAUCCCAUCACCCUCAACACGCAGAGCAGACCGUCAACAACUACACAUACGAUGGAGCAUCCACAAGUCACAACGAUUUCACCAUUCUUUGUAUCAAAACUUGACCUAAUUCCCUAUAGAUGGCGAAUUUGUAUGUACAAGCGGCGCCGCCGACGGAUCUCAACAGGAAUACGGAGUGGUUCACGUACCCCGGCGUCUGGAUCACCUACAUACUCAUCCUCUUCUUUGCUUGGCUAGCCGUUCUCUCCGUUUUCGGUUGUUCUCCUGGCAUGGCUUGGACCAUCGUCAAUCUCUCUCACGCUGUGAUGACAUACCAUUUCUUCCACUGGAAAAAGGGAACACCUUUUGCUGAUGACCAGGGCAUCUACAACAGGCUGACAUGGUGGGAGCAGAUUGAUAGUGGCAAACAGCUCACACGCAACAGGAAAUUUCUUACUCUUGUCCCUUUGGUCCUGUACUUGAUAGCAUCUCACACAACAGACUACCAGAACCCAAUGCUGCUCUUAAACACCCUUGCAGUUUUCGUGUUAGUUCUUGCCAAAUUUCCACACAUGCACAAGGUUCGCAUAUUUGGAAUCAAUGCUGAAGAGUGAAUUUUUUUUCCUCCUUUCUAAAAAUGGCUACACCUCUUUGUUUUCAAUUGCACACGUAACAUUUCAAACAUUAACCCAUUUGUUUUACAAUUGACUUGAUGAAUUUUGAUUGCAAGCUUUUAUCAAAUGUUACAUUCAUUAUAGUCCAAAGAUUUAGUUUCAGGGAUGAAA